CCGUGAAUCCUGAUACAGCGCUGGGCGGAGAAUGUGGUCGGAGAAGUGAAUGUGUCGGGCACGAGCGUAGCGGACGAGUCCAUCGGGAGGGUGUGGUUCCCCCGUCUUACCUUUCAUCGCCAAACACAUACACGCAGCAGCGCGCGGCUUACCCUGUGAACCGAGGAGUGAUUUAACCCUUCACGCGGCAUCAUGGCUCCUGGACACCCUGGAGGAGACCUGACCAGGGAUGCGCCGGACAUAGAGAAUGUGCUGGCGCUGAACCCUCGUACACCUCUUCAUGCCACGGUGCAGCCCUCCGCCGUGACCAAGGCCAGCAAGAUGCACUGGAAGAGGAACAAACCCAAGAACUGCGCCACUCACUGCUCGCUGGAGAACAACUUUGAUGACAUCAAGCACACGACCUUGAGCGAGCGCGGCGCCCUGAAGGAGGCCGCGCGAUGCCUCAAGUGUGCCGACGCGCCCUGCCAAAAGUCCUGCCCCACCCAGUUAGACAUCAAGCAGUUCAUCUCCUGCAUCUCCAACAAGAACUACUACGGCGCAGCGAAGAUGAUUUUCUCCGACAACCCUUUAGGACUGAGCUGCGGAAUGGUGUGCCCCGUGAGUGACCUGUGUGUGGGCGGCUGCAACCUCUACGCCAGCGAGGAAGGACCCAUCAACAUAGGCGGUCUUCAGCAGUUUGCGACAGACAUCUUCCGGCAGAUGAAUAUACCUCAGGUUUUGCCUCCCGAAGUGCCAGAAAACCUUCCCGAAAGUUUCAAGGCCAAGAUUGCCCUUGUCGGUUGUGGUCCCGCUUCCAUCUCCUGUGCCACCUUCCUGGGGCGCCUCGGGUACCGCACCAUCCAUGUCUAUGAGAAGAACGAGUUCGUGGGUGGCCUCAGCUCCUCGGAGAUCCCACAGUACCGGCUGCCUUAUCAGGUGGUCAAAUUUGAGGUGGACCAGAUGAAGGAUCUAGGCGUGGAGGUGUACCUUGGGCGGAAGUUAUCCAUGUCCGACCUCACCAUCAAGGGGUUGCAGAAAGAGGGUUAUGAAGCCAUCUUUGUUGGCAUUGGUCUGCCUCAGCCUAAGAAAAUUGGUAUCUUUGCUGACCUUGACCCCAGCAAGGGCUUCUACACCAGCAAGGACUUCCUACCUCAGGUCACAGCUCUCAGCAAGACAGGUAUGUGUCAGUGCAAGGCUCAGCUGCCAGCGGUAAAGGGAGUGGUGCUGGUGCUCGGAGCAGGAGACACUGCCUUUGACUGUGCCACAUCUGCACUGCGCUGCGGCGCCAAGCGUGUCUUUGUUGUCUUCAGGAAAGGAUUCACCAAUAUUCGGGCAGUUCCUGAGGAGAUGGACCUUGCCCGUGAGGAGAUGUGUGAGUUCUUGCCAUUCCUCUCGCCCCGCAAAGUGAUGGUCAAGAACGGCCGAGUGACAGGCAUGGAGUUUGUCAGGACAGAGCAGACUGAAGACGGGACAUGGAUAGAGGAUGAAGAUCAGACUGUGCGCCUCAAGUGUGACUACAUUAUAUCGGCCUUUGGCUCAGGACUCUCGGAUAAGGAUGUUCAGGAUGCCCUUGCUCCUGUCAAGCUGAAUCGCUGGGGCUUGCCUGAGGUUGACCCUGCCACCAUGACCACUGACGUCCCGGGUGUGUUCUGUGGGGGAGACGUGGCUGGUGUUGCCGAGACCACAGUGGAGAGUGUCAACGAUGGCAAGACAGCCGCCUGGAACAUCCACAAAUACCUACAGUCUCUCCAUGGAAUGUUUGUGCCAGAGACACCUCGCCUGCCCAAGUUCUACACACCCAUUGAUGAGGUGGACCUCUCUAUUGAAAUAUGCGGCAUCAAGUUCCCGAAUCCCUUCGGCCUUGCCUCCGCCCCACCCACCACCUCUGGCCCUAUGAUGCGGCGUGCUUUCGAGGCUGGCUGGGGCUUCUGUGUCACCAAGACCUUUGUUCUUGAUAAGGACAUAGUGACGAAUGUAUCUCCACGUAUAGUUCGAGGGACCACCUCAGGCCACUUGUAUGGCCCAGGCCAGGGCUCCUUCCUCAAUAUUGAGCUUAUCUCAGAAAAAACUUGUGCCUAUUGGCUCCAGACUAUCACUGAACUCAAGCGGGACUUCCCUGAUAAGGUGCUCAUUGGCAGCAUCAUGUGCAGCUACAAUGAGGAGGACUGGAUGGAGCUCGCCAGGCGUGCUGAGGCUGCUGGCUCGGAUGCCCUUGAACUGAACUUGUCUUGCCCGCAUGGGAUGGGAGAACGUGGCAUGGGCCUUGCGUGUGGCCAGGAUGCUGAGUUGGUGCGGAACAUUUGCCGCUGGGUGAGAGCUGCAACCAAGAUUCCUUUCUUUGCUAAGCUCACUCCUAAUGUCACAAACAUCGUCACUAUUGCCAAGGCAGCACAGGAAGGUGGCGCUGAUGGCGUGACGGCCACCAACACGGUGUCUGGACUGAUGGGGCUGAGGCCGGAUGGUUCAGCUUGGCCGUGCAUCGGCAAGGAGAAGAAGACAACCUAUGGAGGGGUUUCAGGUAAUGCUAUUCGGCCCAUUGCCCUGCGUGCUGUGACUGCCAUUGGCCGAGCUUUGCCAGACUUCCCCAUCCUGGCCACAGGCGGGAUAGACUCGGCUGAUGCCGGCCUUCAGUUUCUCAUGGGUGGUGCCUCGGCCCUUCAGGUCUGCAGCUCUGUGCAGAACCAAGACUUUACUGUGAUUGAGGAUUACUUGCUGGGGCUCAAGGCUCUCAUCUAUCUCAACACCCUCAAGUCAAAGAAAGAUUGGAUGGGUCAGUCUCCACCAACACCAAAACACCAGAUUGGCAAGCCUAUAGUACAGCUUGCUGAUGUAGUGGGCAAGAGCUUGCCCAACUUUGGGCCAUACAAAGAGGAAAGAGAAAAGAGAAUAGCAAGCCUGAAGGCCAGUCGUGGCUUAUCGCAGAAAGACGUUGAACCCCGCUUCAUUGAUCACCCAGAGGACAAGAUCCCAAGUAUAAGGGAUGUAGUGGGGCAAGCACUGCCCAUGGUGGGGGCCUAUGGAGACCUGGACAACAGACAGCAGAAGGUGGCACUCAUUGAUGAGGAUAUGUGCAUCAACUGUGGAAAAUGUUACAUGACCUGCAAUGACUCAGGUUACCAGGCCAUCAUUUUUGACCCUAAGACCCACUUGACCAAGGUCACAGAUGACUGCACAGGCUGCACCCUGUGUGUUUCUGUGUGCCCCAUCAUUGACUGCAUCCAGAUGGUGGAUCGUCAGACGCCCUACGUGCCGCGGCGAGGAAUCCCUCUAGACAUUGGCGUGGUGCCUCGCAUCCCAGCCGUGGCACCCUCAGACAUGCAGGCAGCCUGAGGGCAGAGCCAACCACUGUCUCAAUUGUCUUGUCUGUGAAGUCUAAUUAGGCAGAAAUGUUAACCACAGCCACAAGGUACUUGAAGUGACCAUACCUUUAGCUCUCAGCUGUAAAGAUGAGAGUUAUAGAACAAUAUGAAGUUACAUUUUGUUGGUAAUAUAGUAGCAGCUAGUAGUAGUAGAGUAGUAGUAGCAGUAGUUGUAAAUAUCCCUUUUGAAAAUCCUAAUUGAUCAAUUAGUUCUACACAUAAUUACUGUAUCCAGUACACAUAGAACUUGGUAAAGUAGGUUCAGGUAUACUUGAACACUGUAUGUAGAAUUUUUUUAAAAAUGAUUGUUGUUUGCAGGUUUAUCUAGUUUUUAUCACUGGAAAAGUUGUAUUCUUGUAAAGCUCUGCAUAAACAGUAGUACUGGUAAAAAUAUGAACAUAUUCUUCAAUGCUUUGCUUAGCCUCAGAGCCAUGAGGAGACAGUGUAGAGCACCUCUGUAAGCAAUGGAAAUCCCAGGGUUCACAAUCACACCAAAGGAUAUUUUCAAUGCAAUGCCUACCCAUAGAAAGGAUUAGUGUUUUCAUUGCUGGUUACUGAGGAAAGCCAAGAAUGCUAUAAAUUACUUGAAAUGAUAUUGAAAACAUAAACAUAUGUGAAGCAUAACAUUAAAAAAAAAUACUGUGA